AUGAGCAGCCGCAUUCCAUGGGGACGGUUCAUCCUGCUCUCGCACGUCCUGUGCGUGCUCCUGUCCAACAUCCACCACGCCUCGCACGGCUGCUCCGUGGGGGAGAGAGCGGCGCUGAUGGAGAUCCGCUCCUCCCUGGAGCGCGCAGGCGCCGCGGCGCCGCGGUCGUGGGGGCGCGGCGGCGACUGCUGCUCGUGGGAGCGCGUCAACUGCAGCGGCAGCACACAGAGAGUGUCUCGUCUCGACUUUUCGAAGCUAUAUGAUUCUUCCACAGUUCCAUCUACGCAUGGUGGCCAGAAUUUUUGGAGCUUCAACAUGACGGUCUUAUCUGCAUUCUCUGAACUUCAAUUUCUGGAUUUGUCGAGCAAAUAUCCUGAUCCCAGCUCGCUAGGUUCCGACGUUUUUGGAAACCUUACAAACAUGCGCGAACUGAUUUUGAGCCAUAAUGAGUUCAACGGAAGCCUCCCAAAGACUUUGCUUGUGCUUCCUCACCAUAAAAUCCUAGAUCUGUCGGGGAAUUCAUUCGAUGGAGGUAUUCCAAUUAGUUUGUCUUCAGUUGAAGAACCGGCUUCACUGGAAGUGUUAAAUCUCAACUACAACCUGAUGAGCGGAGAUCUUCCAACCGAGCAAGAAUUUCGCUACCUCAGAAACAUACGGGAACUGCGUUUGAGUUUAAAUCAAUUUGGUGGGAAUCUUUCUGCAUUCUUGUUUUCACUUCCACAUAUUGAGCGGUUGGAUCACUCAGGAAACCUGUUUGAAGGACCUAUCCCUAUAAGCCUCUCUUCAAAUCUUUCUUUGUCUCUCAAGAGUCUUCGCUUUUUUCAGAAUAAUUUGAGUGGCAAACUAUCAUUCUAUUGGCUGCGUAACCUCACAAAACUCGAAGAGAUUGACCUGUCUGAGAACACUAAUUUAGUUGUUCAUGUGAAUAUCCCUGGAUGGGUACCUCCAUUCCAACUGAAACGGCUAGCACUCUCUGGUUGUGAUCUUGACAGAGCCAUUAUCAAAGAACCACACUUACUACGCACACAGCUUUAUUUGGAGGAGCUUGAUUUGUCCAACAAUAUCUUGUCAGGAAGCAUGCCAAACUGGCUGUUUACAAAGGAAGCAACUCUGGUUAACCUAAACCUUGGCAAUAACUCGUUAAGUGGAUCCCUAGAUCCAACAGGGCACCCCCAAACUGCUCUGCAAUCUAUGUUAAUAUCUAACAACCAUAUAACAGGGCAGUUACCCGUGGGCUUUGGCUCAAUGUUUCCAUGCUUGUCCACUCUUGUUUUUCAUCACAAUAACUUCUAUGGACAAAUACCAAUGUCAUUGUGCCACAUCAACCGCAUGCGACUUCUGGACCUGUCGAACAUCCAUUUUUCUGGUGAACUGCCAGCUUGUGUGUUCACUGAUUUUCCGGACAUGCAGAUCUUCAGUAUCUCAAACAACCAGCUUGAAGGAACGCUGCCUCGUCUUUUAUCAGGAAGCUUGGUAAUCAUGAGUUUGUAUGAUAACAAGCUGUCUGGCGAACUUGACACUUCAUUUUGGAAUCUGUCUGGAUUAGAAGUCUUAAAUCUUUCUGGGAACCGUAUGACUGGUAACAUUCAUCCAAAGAUUUGCAACUUGACAAGCAUUGAGAUUCUGGAUCUUUCAGAUAACAACAUUAACGGGCCAAUACCAAAGUGUAGCAGUACAUCCCUAAGUGAACUUAACCUGUCGGGGAAUUUCUUGUCAGGAGAUAUCUCUCAUGGUCUUUUCAGCACACCAAACCUUACGAGACUGGAUAUGAGGUAUAAUAAGUUGACUGGUAGCCUCAGUUGCAACUGGACAGGCUAUCUUGAUAACAUCAAUGUACUCUCCUUAGGUUGGAAUGAGUUUGAAGGGCAGGUCACUCCCUUGUGUAAUCUCUGCCCUAGGAUAGUUGACUUGUCACAUAACAAGCUGCCAGGUUCGUUGCCGCCAUGUCUUGGCAGAAUCUUUUGUGGCCGUGAAACAGUACAAUAUGAUUAUCCUUUCCCAGUGCCUAUAGAUUUUACAGCGGAAAGUUAUUUUAAAAUAGAGUUGAACGACAGAGGCUUCAUUUUUGAACUUAGCAAAGACACAGUCUUCACCUUUGGUACAAAAGGGAAUCAAUACACAUUUGGUUUCGACUUCUCUGAUUUGAUGUCGGGCAUCGACCUAUCUGCGAACAAGCUGUCUGGGGAAAUUCCAUGGGAGCUCGGGAAUCUGAGCCAUAUCAAGUCCCUCAAUCUAUCCAACAAUUUCUUCAGUGGCCAAAUCCCGACAAGCAUUGCAAACAUGAGUGAGAUCGAAAGCCUGGACCUGUCACACAACAAGCUGACCGGAUCGAUCCCAUGGCAGCUAACCAGGCUAUCGAUGCUGGAGGUGUUAUCCGUGGCGUACAACUGUUAA